CUAACGUUCAUUGUCCGAAUUGAAUGUUUUCGCGUGUGUGUGUUGGAUUCUGAGCUAGCUAGACAACAUCCCUAGCUAGUGGUGUUUGUUGAUGUCAGUGUCCAACAAACCUCAAGUGUUUUGUUUGCUGUGUGCGGAGCUGGCAGGUCUGUGCAAAUCAGCUAGCUGAUCAUGAAACACUUUUCAUACAGUCGCAUUUUGAUUUAACUCACACGGGAAUGGCAGUGAAAUUACUAAAAAGGUGAUGGUCGUGCUAGUUUGCGGACGUUAACAUCAUGAUGCCAGGCAGUGACCCUACAAUAUUUAUGAUCACCCUCUUUAUUAUAACGCAGCUGUAUAUUUUCCGAUUCAUUUAUAGCGUAUGUGGAACAAUAUAAGCAUUAUAUUAUAAAGAGAAGUUCGUUGGCUUUUAUAUUGUCAUUGUAGCCAAAAUAAGUGAUGAAAAUAUUACCUGGGUACUUCAUAUUAAGUCUAGUGUGUUACUUGAUGAUAUGAAAUGUAUACAUUACCAUUCAAUGUUUUUAUGUUUUUGUCUCUUAUGUUCACCAAGGCUGCAUUUAUUUGAUCAAAAAUGCAGUAAAACGGUAAUAUUGUGAAAUAUAAUAAUAAUAAUAGUUAAUGUCAGUGUAUUUUAUAAUUCCUUUUGAUCAAUUUAAUGCUCCCUUACUAAAUAAAAGUAUUAAUUUCUUUUUCAAAAACUGUACUGACUCCAAACAUUUGAACGGUAGUUUAUGUUAACAUUUUCCUGAAAUUUGUAAUGAUGAUAUAAAAUACUUUUAAUUAAAUAGUUAUAAAUUUUGGUUAUCUGGGAGUUGUUCACUAAGUUUGUUAGUCGAAGAUGCAAAAUAUAUUAGAAAGUUAAAGUUAUAAAAAUCAUAAUUUAUGCCUCUAUGUCUAUGGUGUUAUAAUCAGUGUUGGGGAAAGUUACUUUUAAAAGUAAUGCAUUACAAUAUUGUGUUGCUCCCUAAAAAGUAACUAAUCGCGUUACUUAGUUACUUUUAAUGGAAAGUAAUGUGUUACAUUACUUUUGCGUUACUUUUUCUCACCUGGGCUGGGUUUGCUUGUUUGUUUUUAAUAAGAACAGAAAAGUUAUAUUUUUGGUUAUAUUAAAGGCCUUUUCAAAAGUGAAAUGAAUAAGCUUCAGGCUGAUCACAAUUGUGAUGUUUAUCACAAAGUAAUUUUUCCUUAUUAAUAUGAUUGAAUUGAAUCAUCGAAAGUCAGCAGCAAGGACAUUGGUUAAUAAAGUGAGAUUAAAAUACAAAAAAUACAUUUAAUUUAAUAUAUUACAUUAUUGCUGGUUUGUGCAAUAUUCUGAGAUUACAUUUCACUGUUUUUAUUCAUUUUGAGGAAUACUGACUCUGUUUUUGUGCAAGUGAGAUGAGUAAAUGCUAAUAUUUAGUCUAGAACUACAAUAACCGUCAUGAUGUUGUACGGUUGUUCAUGAUUGUAACGCGGUUGUAACGCAAGUUACAGUUAUUGUAUGUUACUUAUUUGAAAAAUUAGCAGAUAUUUUGUUGUAAAUUUAAAAGUAAUGUGCUACUUUACUAGUUACGUGAAAAGAGUGAUCUGAUUACGUAAUUCAAGUUACUUGUAAUGCGUUAUCCCCAACACUGGUUAUAAUACCUGCUUUUUAUGCAUUUCAAUAAAUAAUUAAUAACUGCAAUGGUGUGCUUUAUUGCUACAUUUAUAAAAGAUUUUUGUGAGACACUGAUAACUUUGAUUUUCCAUAUACUUUGGUCUAGUUUUGUUGUACCGUUCUAAAAUGAGACUCCAGAGGAAGGCAGUAUGUUUUGUCUCCCAAUCUUCCGUAGAUCUUUCCUACAGAUUAGCUAUGCAUCACAUUUUUCUUUCUCUUUGAUGCUGGUGGGCGGCCUGGUAUCCAGCAUGAUUUUAAAUAGUAUCUUUAUAGGGUAUCGAUUGGGUCUUGACAGACACAUUGUCUAUGUCUGUCAGUGCAAUAUUUAAAGCUGUGAAGAGUGAUGAAGUUACUAGCACGGACGUCAUUCCAAUCGUAUGUCAUGCCUGCUUGUGUUUUGUCUGGUGUAGUGGCUCCAUUCCUUGCCAUCUGCUUGCAUGUUGAUUUUUCACUGUUUGCACUUCUUGUGAUCUAGCUAAGCACUUCUUGCACUGUCUUGCAAAAUCUUGACAGAAUCUUCUGCUGUGCAUUGCUCUGAUCUACAGUAAUCAUGUCACUGUGUUGUUUUGGGUUAAAAAUAGGAUUUAUCUUCCAGCUUAAUCUUUUACAAAUUCGCUAACAUCAGAAAGUGCGUUGAUUUUUCAAACCUAAUAUCUUAUCUAGUGAAUUUAUGAACCAAUAGCACAAUUAUACAGUAGGAUUGAGAUGUUGGAGUUAUUGGGCUGGAAUGGACAAAUCUUACAUGCCUUGAAACUUUAUUGCAACGUGAUGCAUUUUAUAUACAUAAUGCACAUAUUUUAUAUCUAUGUAUUUCCAUUAUCUGCAUUAACAUAUAAGUAACUAUUUGCAUUUACUGGUUUUUGUUCCUGAUUUGUCCAGUUCUGUCCAAGUCCUGCUGUCAGUCUUUUUGAUGCUGAUCACUGCUUUUUGUCUUGGGCUCCUCUGCUCUCACUCCUCAUGUCCCUCCCCUUCUCUUCUAUCUCUCCUCUCAUUGGAUGGGACUUCGCGGGCUCUUCUGAUCACAUUAGGAGUUUGAUGAGUUGGCUGAUGACCGUAUGGCCCUCGUGUCAGGCAUUAGCUUGGAUCCAGAGGCUGCUAUCGGUGUCACGAAGAGACUCCCGCCUAAAUGGGUGGAGGGAGUGGAUGAGAUUCAGUAUGAAAUCACACGUAUUCGUCAGAAGAUGAAGGAACUGGCUAGUCUGCACGACAAACACAUGAACCGUCCCACGCUAGAUGACAGCAGUGAGGAGGAGCAUGCCAUUGAGAUCACUACACAGGAAAUUACACAGAUGUUUCACAGGUGCCAGCGGGCCGUGACAGGGCUGCAGACUCAGAGUCAUCACUGUACAGAGCAAGAAAACAGGCUGUUGACCAAUGUGGUCUCUUCAUUGGCCCAGAGCCUUCAAGAACUGUCAAUCAACUUCAGACACACACAGUCAAGCUACCUAAAACGCAUGAAAAACCGUGAAGAAAGAUCCAAGCACUUUUUUGACUCUGGUCCUCUUGUGGAGGAUAAUGAAGACAUUGCGCUAUAUGACAGAGGAUUUACAGAUGACCAGCUAGUUCUGGUUCAGCAGAACUCAGUGGUAGUAGAAGAGCGGGAGAGAGAAAUUCGACAGAUUGUUCAAUCCAUCUCUGACCUUAAUGAGAUAUUUAGAGAUCUUGCUGGAAUGGUUGUCGAACAGGGCACAGUCCUCGACAGAAUCGACUUCAAUGUGGAGCAAGCUUGUGUCAAAACAGAUGAGGGGUUGCAGCAGUUGCAAAAGGCUGAACAGUACCAGAAGAAAAACCGCAAGAUGUUGGUCAUUUUAAUUCUCUUUGUCAUUGUUGUUGUUCUAAUACUUGUUCUGUUUGGGACAAAGUUUCGUUGAAUCAUUCCAUGGCCUCUAAGAGGGACAUACCUGUAUGGAUGAGAAAAAAAAAACAUGUAUUUCUAUGUGUGUGUGUGUGUGUGUGUGUGUGUGUGUGUGGGUAUGCAUGCUGACUUUUAAGACUAUUGUUUGAGGGUGGAUUAUUUGUCGAACGUUUGGUGCUUACGUUUUAAAAUACUACACAACAAAAUGAAGCAGAUAAGGACGCCCCCUGCUGGCCACCGAGUGCAGUGUCUGGAGACAGUUCUUGUGUUUAAUUCUGCAGUGAGAGGCAGUGUUAGUAUCAAAGGGCCGUUUUUCUUCAUUUGUCCUGCACAAGCACAGCACUUAGGAGCAUGGAUGCUAGAUGGCAGCAUGUUCGUCUCAACCGCUCUUGUCAUCUAAUUUGAAGAGUAAACAGGAAGACGAUGGGAAAAGAUAAGGUAUCCUCAGUGGUCUGUUCUUCUUGAAGAUGAUCAUGAUCUUGGGUGAAUCUCUUCAAAAGAAUGUUGUUCAGGUCAUAUUUCACACCAAUAGAAAGAAAUAUGAAAUUAUAUGUUUAUAUAUAUCCUAAAAACCUUAUUAUUUUCCUCUUUUUUUGGCAUUAUGAAUCACAUUUUCCCCCUCAGUUGUCAUUUACUGUAAUGCAGAAUUAUUUUUUAAAAGAACAAAUAAAGUACAGUUUCAGUAUUACAGUAUUUUUACUGUAUAACAAUUAUACAAAUUUAAUGGGAAUCACCAUUUAAGAAUAAUGUAAAGUAAAUUGGAAUGAGGAGGAAUGGGAUUAAUGGUCAUCAAAAUAACUUCACGAUGCAAACUCUUAAUAUAUAUUCUUUUGAAUUUGGGGUUAAAUGUCACCUGAACAUGUUUUCAAAAGAGUCGCACGUUUUUGGUUUCAGUAGUGAGCAUCUACAGUGACACCUCACAGAAACCAUCUUAUCGUGAAAGCUGCCUCUGAAUCAGAUAUUGCUUGUAGGUUAGGAUGUGUGUGUGUUUAAUGUGACGUCACAAAGUCUGUUUUUCCGUAACUCAAUCUUUUGGAAUUUCCACUUUUGUGCACUGACACUCCAAUCAACCGUGGAGGAAGUUGAAGAAUGAGGAACAUAUAGUCGAAGCAUGUUCUUUCUACAAACUUUUAAUUUUAUUUUUUUUUUAUUUCUAUGUGGUAAAAUGUAUAGCAUUGGGUUUAUGACCGGUUUUGAAUGAACUGAAUGUUACAUUGUCCUUUAUGAGCGUCCAUAACUGAGCGUUAUUUCCUCUGCUCAUGUCGAUGGAGGCGUAUAAUGUACCAUCAUGUGUUUGUCUGUUUUAUUGGCAGUGUUGUUGUCAUGAUAUCAGUAUCAUUUCAGUGAUUUAUUCAGUGAAAAGCAGGAGUGAUUCAUCAAGAUUUUUUGCUUCACUCUGUUCCUUGCCUUAAAGAGUGGACGUCUGUGUGUAAACUUGGAUGUCUUUUGAAAAGCUUUUGUUUGUUUCAUUGGUGUUGUCACUACGUAUCUUUCAGUCUGACCUUUGAUCUUAAACUGAACUUUGACCUUCAGUCGCAGACUGAAGCUCGGUCAGGUAUGCUGACUGACUCUACAACUACUGUUCCCUGUACAAGAAGAAAUUAUUUAUUUUAGAUGCAAAUACUUGUACAGAGUUUAUGGAGUUCUAUUGUUGUCCGUUGGUAGCAAUGUCUGGAGCCUGGGCUGUCUCUUUUCUUUUCUUUUCUUUUUUUUUUGUAUAUUGUAAUGAUUUACUUUUUUCUGUCCUUUCAAGAAUCAAUUCCUGUUGGCUUUUGUAAAGGGUAAUUGCACCACUACUGUAUGAUGGGGUAAAAUGAUAAAAGUUGACCAUGAUCCAGAGACAGUUUAUUUUUGUUUUUUCAGUAUGUUAUUUUAGAAGGUGAGAAGAAAAUAUAACUGCACAUUCAAGGCUUAAAUCCAUUUCAUGUGGUUUUCUCCAUAGUUUUGGCGUAAAACCCAGUGUGAAUAUUAUACUAUUUUUCUGCCAUUACGGUACUACUGUAUGCUAUCUGAACCUUCUGUAAACGCUGAACAGGUUUUUAAUGAAAUUAAAACAAAUAUAUAUAUAAA